AGCCCUUCUACGUCUUCUGUCCUUUCUCUCCUAUACUACCCAAAGCUCGGAACCUGUCUCCCUACCUGAAUCUUUCAGGUUCCCAGGGUGGAGGGACAGAGAGUCAAUAGGACCCCCAUACUCUGAUCCUGACAAGGACACAGGGAGCCGCUGACCUGGGAUGUCGGUAUUCCACCUGGGUGAUCAUGUGUGGCUGGACCCUCCCUCCACCAGCAAGACCGGCGUGGCCAUCGGAGGCAUUGUUAAAGAGACAAAACUGGGAAAGGUCUUGAUUGAGGAUGAUGAGGGCAAGGAACACUGGAUCUCUGCAGCGGACCUCAACACCCUCAGCCCCAUGCACCCCAACUCAGCCCAAGGAGUGGAUGACAUGAUCCGCCUAGGUGACCUGAACGAGGCAGGUGUGGUACACAACCUCCUGGUCCGCUACCAGCAGCACAAGAUCUACACCUACACAGGCUCCAUCCUGGUAGCUGUGAACCCAUUCCAGAUGCUGCCCCUGUACACCCUGGAGCAGGUACAACUCUACUACAGCCACCACAUCGGCGAGCUGCCGCCCCACAUCUUUGCCAUUGCCAACAGCUGCUACUUCAACAUGAAGAAGAACAAGAGGGAUCAGUGCUGCAUCAUCAGUGGCGAGUCUGGGGCUGGGAAGACUGAGACGACCAAGCUCAUCCUUCAGUUCCUGGCUACAGUCAGCGGCCAGCAUUCGUGGAUUGAGCAGCAGGUCCUGGAGGCCAACCCCAUCCUGGAAGCCUUUGGCAAUGCCAAGACCAUCCGCAACGACAACUCCAGCCGCUUCGGAAAGUACAUUGACAUCCACUUCAACCCCAGCGGGGUGAUCGAGGGUGCCAGCAUUGAGCACUUUCUUCUGGAGAAGUCCAGAGUCUGUCGGCAGGCUGCGGAGGAACGGAACUACCACAUUUUCUACUGCAUGCUUAUGGGGAUGAGCCCGGAGGAAAAGAAACUGCUGGGGCUGGGCAUGCCCUCUGACUACCACUACCUGACCAUGGGGAACUGCACAUCCUACGAGGGGCUCAGUGAUGCCAAGGACUAUGCACACGUUCGCUCGGCCAUGAAGAUCCUCCACUUCUCAGACUCUGAGAACUGGGACAUCAGCAAGCUGUUGGCAGCCAUCCUCCACCUGGGGAAUGUGGGGUUUAUGGCUGCUGUCUUCGAGAACCUGGAUUCCUCUGAUUUGAUGGAAACUCCAGCCUUCUCCUUUGCGAUGAACUUGCUAGAGGUACAGUUUCAAGCUCUCCGAGAAUGCUUGAUCAAACACACGAUUCCCAUCCGUGGAGAGUACGUCUCCAGGCCCUUGAACAUUGCACAGGCCGCAGACCGAAGAGAUGCCUUUGUCAAGGGCAUCUACGGGCACCUCUUCCUAUGGAUUGUCAAGAAGAUCAAUGCUACGAUCUUCACACCACCAGGCGAGGAUCCCCGAAGUGUGCGGAGGGCCAUUGGUCUCCUGGACAUAUUUGGCUUUGAAAACUUUCAGAAAAAUAGCUUUGAACAACUCUGCAUCAACUUUGCCAAUGAGCAUCUCCAGCAAUUCUUUGUGAAGCAUGUGUUCACAAUGGAGCAGGAGGAGUACCUUUCUGAGAACAUCACCUGGGACUACAUCCGCUACACGGACAACCAGCCCAUCCUAGACCUGCUGGCCGUCAAGCCCUUGAGUGUCAUCUCCCUCCUAGAUGAGGAGAGCCGCUUCCCACAGGGGACAGAUGUCACGAUGCUGCAGAAACUGAACAGUGUCCAUGCCAACAACAAGUCCUUCCUAAGACCCAAGAACAUUCAUGACACCCGAUUUGGAAUCGUGCACUUUGCGGGUGAAGUAUACUACCAGGCAGAAGGCUUUCUGGAGAAGAACCGAGAUGUGCUAAGCAUAGACAUUCUCAAACUGGUUCAGUCCUCCAAAAACAAGUUCCUGAAGGAGAUAUUCAACCUGGAGUCACUACAAACAAAGAUGGGCCAUGGCACUAUUCGCCAGUUGAAGGCAGGAAACCAGUUCUUCAAGCCGUCAGACUCCAUCAAGCGCCCACUCACCCUCGCAGGCCAGUUCAAGCAGUCCCUGGAUCAGCUGAUGAGAAUCCUGACCAACUGCCAGCCCUACUUCAUCCGCUGCAUCAAACCCAAUGAGUACAAGAAGCCGCUGCUGUUUGACCGCGAGCUGUGCAUUCAGCAGCUGCGCUAUUCCGGCAUGAUGGAGACGGUGCAAAUCCGCAAGUCAGGUUUUCCCAUCCGCUACACGUUUGAAGAGUUCUCCCAGAGGUUCCACAUGCUGCUGUCCAGCCCUGAACGCAAGCAGUUUCAAGACAAACACCGCCAAAUGACCUUGCGCAUUGCUGACCUGUGCCUGGGGACAGACAAAGACUGGAAAGUGGGAAAGACCAAAAUCUUCCUGAAGGAUCAUCAGGACACAACGCUGGAGAUCCAGAGGAGCCAGGCCCUGGACGGAGCAGCGACCUGCAUCCAGAGAGUCCUUCGGGGACACAAAUACAGGAAGGAGUUCCUGAGGCAGAGACAGGCGGCUGUGACCCUCCAGGCAACAUGGCGAGGCCACUGCCAAAGAAAGAAUUUCGAGCUGAUCCUAGUGGGGUUUAAGCGUCUGCAGGCCAUUGCCCGGAGCCACCAGCUGAUGAGACAGUUCCAGACCAUGCGACAGAGGAUAGUGCAGCUGCAGGCCCAUUGCAGGGGCUACCUGGUGCGACAGCAAUUCCAGGCCAAGAGGAAGGCAGCGGCGACCAAACAGGAACCUCGGGUCAUUCUGGCUAGCAAACCAAAGGGUCAAGGUGCUGUCCCUGACAGGAAGCGUAAGUCCAUCUAUGACAUGGUCACCGACACAGAGAUGGUGGAGAAAGUGUUCGGCUUCCUCCCAGCCAUGAUUGGAGGCCAGGAGGGCCCAGCUCCGACAGGCUUUGAGGAUAUGGAAGUAAAGACUCAGAAACUGCCUGAAGUUGAUCUGGAUGCAGUGCCCAUGACGGAGAUGCCUGAGGAAGAUAGGGACGAUUUGGCUGAGUAUACCUUCCCCAAGUUUGCCGUGACUUACUUCCAGAAAUCAUCCAACCAUACCCACAUCCAGAAGCUGCUCAAGUACCCACUGCUCUACCAUGAAAACGAAUCUGACCACCUGGCGGCUCUAGCUGUGUGGCCCAUCAUCCUGAGGUUCAUGGGGGACCUUCCGGAACCAGUGCUCUACACCAGGAACAGCCUGAGUGACUCGGUGACACGGCAAACACAUAACAGCCUGAACAAGGACAGAGGCACUCAGGGCCCACAGCACAAUGGACACGCACAGGUGGCCAGAAAACUGAAUCCUGGUGAAGAGGCAUUCAAUUCUGAUGUCCCUGUCUCAGAAAGACCCAUGUCUAACCUGGAGAAGGUGCACUUCAUUGUGGGCUAUGCCAUCAUGCAUCCCGGACUCAGAGAUGAAAUUUACUGCCAGAUCUGCAAGCAGCUCUCUGGGAACCACAAGACAAGCAGUGUGGCCCGGGGCUGGAUUCUGCUCAGCCUCUGUCUGGGCUGCUUUCCUCCCUCGGAGAGGUUCAUGAAGUAUCUGCUGAAUUUUAUUAGUCAAGGGCCAGCCAGCUAUGGGCCCUUCUGUGCCGAGCGCCUACAGCGUACCUUCUCCAAUGGGGUGCGCUCAGAACCCCCCACCUGGCUGGAGUUGCAGGCCGUCAAGUCCAAGAAGCACAUCCCGAUCCAGGUCAUCCUUGCAGCUGGAGGGAGCCUGACUGUCUCUGUGGAUUCUGCCUCCACAUCCCAAGAAGUCUGCCAGCACAUCGCUCAGAAACAGGGCCUCAAGGACCAGCUGGGCUUCUCCCUCCAGGUCGCUGUGUACAACAAGUUCUGGUCCUUGGGCAAUGGCAGUGACCAUGUGAUGGAUGCCGUGGCCCAGUGUGAACAACUGGCCCGGGAGAGGGGAGAGAGCCAGUGCCAGUCCCCCUGGCGCAUCUACUUCCGGAAGGAGUUCUUCACCCCCUGGCAUGACUCCCGGGAGGACCCUGUGAGCACUGAACUCAUUUACUCCCAAGUCCUCCAUGGAGUGUGGUCUGGCGAGUAUAAUUUUGAGAAGGAGGAGGAACUGGUGGAGCUGCUGGCCCGCCACUGCUACGUGCAGCUUGGGGCCACGGUGAAGAGUGGCGCUGUUCAGGAGCUGCUGCCCAGCUGCAUUCCCGCCAAGCUGUACCGGACCAAGUCUCCAGAGAAGUGGGCUAGCAUCGUCAUGGCUGCCCAUGCCAAGGCCCCGUAUACCCAGGCCAAAGCCAAACCACUGGCGGUGAAAGAGCAGACAGUGGAGGUUGCCCGUUUGCUGUGGCCCCUGCUCUUCUCCCGGCUAUAUGAAGUCACCACACUCUCUGGCCCCAGCCUUCCCAAGACACAGCUGAUUUUGGCCAUUAACUGGAAGGGGGUGUGCUUUCUGGACCAGAAGGAGAGGACACUGCUGGAGUUGUCCUUCGCAGAGGUCAUGAGUCUGGUUGCCAACAGGGAGGCCCCAGGUGGCCAGCGACUGCUCCUGUCCACACUGCAUGAAGAGUAUGAGUUCGUCUCCCCCAGCAGCGUGGUCAUUGCAGAGUUAGUGGCCUUGUUCCUGGGAGGAUUGAAGGAGAGGUCUGUGUUCGCCAUGGCCCUGCAGGACAGAAAGGCCACAGAUGACGCUACCCUUCUGCCGUUCAAGAAAGGGGACUUAUUGAUCCUGACCGAGAGACAGGGACCAUCGGCCUCGGAGAACUGGAUCCCAGGGCAGAAUGACAGAACAGGCAAGACAGGGCUGGUGCCCGUGGCCUGUCUCUACAUCAUCCCCUCGCUCACCAAGCCCUCAGCCCAGCUGCUGAAGUUGCUGGCCAUGUCACCAGAGAAGCGGAAGCUGGCUGCCCAGGAGGUGCGGGCUGCAGAACCACUACUGGAGGAUCAGUCCACGGAGUCACCCUACACCCUGGAGGAGUUUUCCUACCAGUUCUUCAGGGCCCCAGACAAGGAGACCAUCAGCAGGUCCACCAUGCCUAUGGCCCGCAACCGAGGCCACCUGUGGGCCUACUCCCCAGAGCCACUGCGCCAGCCACUGCUCAAAUGUGUCCAUGACAAAGCCAAACUUCGGGAUCCCGCCUGUCAGAUCUUCCUUGCCAUUCUCAAGUACACAGGAGACUACCCUUCCCGGCAGUCAUGGAACAGCCUGGAGCUCACAGACCAGAUGUUCUCCUUAGCCCUGCAGGAGCCGGCCCUUCAGGAUGAACUCUACUGCCAGAUCCUAAAGCAACUGACCCACAACUCAGUCAGGUACAGUGAAGAGCGAGCCUGGCAACUGCUAUGGCUCUGCACAGGCCUCUUCCCGCCUGGUAAAACGCUGCUACCUCACGCUCAGAAGUUCAUAGACUCCCGGAAGAAGAAACCUCUGGCUCCUGACUGCAGUCGCAGGCUCCACAGGGUUCUGAGGAUGGGACCUCGAAAGCAGCCCCCACAUCACGUAGAGGUGAAGGCUGCUGAGCAGAAUGUCUCCAAACUACGCCAUGAGGUGUACCUCCCCAAUGACACAAAUAAGACAAUGGACGUGGGCAGCAGUAGCCGGGUGCGAGACCUCUGUGAGAGCAUCGCCACAAGGCUGCAGCUGGCCUCCUGGGAUGGCUGCAGCCUCUUCAUCAAGAUCACAGACAAGGUCAUCAGUCUGAAGGAAGGAGACUUCUUUUUUGACAGCCUGAGGCAGGUUUCUGACUGGGUGAAGAAGAACAGGCCCCAGAAAGAAGGGGCCUCCACACUUCCCUACCAGGUGUUUUUCAUGCGGAAACUGUGGCUCAAUGUGACCCCGGGGAAGGACGUGAAUGCAGACACCAUUCUCCACUACCACCAGGAGCUACCCAAGUACCUGCGAGGGUUUCACAAGUGCUCCAGGGAAGACGCCAUCCACCUAGCGGGCCUCAUCUAUAGAGUCCAGUUUGGCAGUGACCGGUCUCAACUGGCUAGUGUCUCAAAGAUCCUGAAAGAACUGGUGCCUCAGAACCUCACACGCCUGAUGUCCUCAGAGGAAUGGAAAAAGAACCUCCUUCUGGAAUGUGACAAACACAAAAACAAGACAGUGGCAGAGGCCAAGGUGGAGUUCCUGAAGAGGAUCUGCCGCUGGCCUACCUUUGGGUCCGCCUUCUUUGAGGUGAAGCAAACCUCUGAUCCUUCCUACCCAGACAUUCUCCUCAUUGCCAUCAACAGACAUGGGUUGCUACUCAUCCAUCCCAAGACUAAGGAACUACUGAACACCUACUCCUUCACGAAGCUCUCCAGCUGGAGCAGUGGCAGUACUUACUUCCACAUGGCGCUGGGGAGCCUGGGCCAGGGCAGCCGUUUGCUGUGUGAGACCUCUCUGGGCUACAAGAUGGAUGACCUGCUGACCUCGUACGUCCAGCAGCUUAUGAACACAGUGAACAAACAGUGGGGCUCCAGGGUCCCAGCCCCGGCCAACCCCUGACGGGUCCCAUCUGCACACAGUUUCCAUGCCAGGCUUUCAUCCCCUUCACCACACACCAGACCACCCCUCCUGGUGUUCACUGCAGAGGCCAAUGAAGGUCUCAAGCCUUCUGGCAGGUGAUGGGUAACUCCCCUGAAUUCACAAUAAAAAUUCACC